GAGACAACAUGGCGGAUUUUUCUUCAACUUUGACAAACAUUAUUUAGGUUGCAGUAACCUUCCGUGCUAAAGAGUAGGGGUUGCUCACAUAUAGGGUGCAAGCAAAUGCUACCUGACUGAAACCUCAGACCAAGUAAAAUGAUUCGUCUGUGCGCGCUGAAUGAUGAUUCAAGUGAGGAGAGCGACCACGAACCAACACAGGAGAGUGUCAAACAAGCUAAGGAAUCAGAGGCUCUCGAGUUGUACAAUAAAGGCCUGGCUUUGCAGCAGAAAGGAGAUUAUACAGCAUCUGAAGAGGCAUACAAUCAGUUAUUAAAUUCUGCUUUGGUCAAAGAGGCUCAGCCACCAGAUGAAGAUGCUGGAUUGGUUGAACCUGGUCAUGUAUUGAAAUACUCAGCUUACAAGAAUCUAGCUUCAUUAGCAGAGAAGAGAGAACAGUGGGAAAAAUCCAUAGAUGCAUAUCUCCAGGCUGUUGCCCUCGAUGAUUCAGAUGUGACAGUAUGGUAUCAUCUUGGAAUGGUAGCACUGAAGACAUUUGAUCUUUGCUUGGCUCGACACUCAUUUGAGGAGGGUUUGAAGUGCAAUCCAAAGCACUGGCCUUGUUUAGACUUGCUCUGUACAGUGCUAUAUGCCAUUGGGGAUUACUACACAUGCCUAGUUAUGAUCUCAAAGGCCUUAGAGAGGGAUGAAGAAUAUCCUAAAGGUAUAGCUUUGAAGAAUCAGAUAUUCUCUGAGGAACCACCACUCAAGAGAGAAUCACAACAUCUGAGAAAUCUAUUUAACAUGUGCUAUGCAAUGAGUGAGGAAGAGAAAGGAAAUGAAGAAAAAAAGUUUGUGAAUGAAGCUGUUCAUCUCAGGGAACAGAGAUUAAAACUUGUAGAAGCAGACAGGGCCCCUCCCCCUCCUUAUUCGCCUGUCAAGACUCUGACCUCACACACGUGGGCAAGUCUGGGUGAAUGCUUUAUUGCUCUGUAUGAUCACCUGACAUCACCAGAAACUCCUCAGCCACUUGGUCGAAGAGUUGAUUUGGAGGAGUACUACAAAGCUAUUGUCACCCCAAACAUCUCUAUGUCCUACCGAGCAUCUGUUGUUAAAGUGCCAGAUUAUUCAAGUUCUAGUUUUUCUACGGAGGGAUUUUCAGUAUACAAGAAUGUCCAGACAGGUGAGAAUGACGAAAAGAGCAAAAAAGGACCAAAAAGAAAGAAACCACCUCCAAGUGCCAUUGAUGAUUUCCUUCCUAAGAGAAGAUCAGCAAGGGUGAGAACAAACAAAAAGAAAGAAGAGGAAAUUAACUACAGGGAAUUGGUGCAAUCAUUUAUUCCUUCAUUAUUCAGACCCAGUGUCAGUGUUGAUGAUGAAAGUAGCCAGGAGAGUCUCACAGAUGGCUUGCAGUUAAGUCAAAGAAGCAGCCAGUCACAAGCCUCUGAAGGGAAACAUGGAGAGGCUGACAGGAACAAUUAUGAUGAAGUGAUCACUGGGGAAGCUGAAGCCUUAGACAUUCUCACCUUUGUCAAAGAACACAUGGAAAAUGGUGGGAUCAUUGAUGUAAUGAAUCAAUAUGGGAUAUGCCUUGCAGCUCAAAACAACAAGAAGUGGCCCUCAGCCUUGGCAGAUGUCUUUCUAAAGACCUAUCAAAAGAUGAGGAAACAUGUUAUUCUUCCUUCUGAAUUUUGUGAUGAUCAAGAUUCCCUAUAUAGGACAAGAAUGGCAAAGCUUGUACUUGUGGCCAGUGAGCUGACUCUUGACAAGCUCCUCACAGCAAAGUCAAAAUCCUCGUCAAGCCUCUCACCUGCCAGUUCACCUCGUGGUGGUGGUGCUGUUGUCUCGCCAUGGAAAGUUGGCGGGUUUUCCAGUCAAUAUUUUGCAACAGAUGUGGAGUAUCUUCACCGCAUUAGCUGUGAUCAGAGCAUUCAUGGAGACUUCACCCUAGAAAUGGCCAUCAGAGUAAACUGGAUGCGAGCAAGAUAUCUUAUGCUACAGGGUCAAAUGGAUUAUGCCAUGAUGUACCUAGACAGGACUUCAAAGUUUUUGGAGCUUAAGGUCAAUUCCAUCGAGGGACCCACCACGGUCAAGCUGGUGAACUGUAAAGUUGAUAACCUUGUUACAAUCGAUCAAGUUCAGAAGAAGUUAGAAUCGCUACAAAGGUGCCAGUCAUUAGAAGAGGUUCAUCGACUGUACGAGUCAGGUUAUUAUGAAGAUGUAGUUCACCUUUUGUUGCCUACACUCCAUCAACCACAGCCUAAAACUAAGGGUGGUGAACUCGGCAUGUCUAUACCUGAGAGACCGGCUCAGCUGCUGUUACUGCAGGACUCACUUAUUAAGCUCAAGGAUUACGAGCGAUGUCUCACGUGUUCAGAGGUAGCCCUGAACGAGGCCGUGUCUCAGAUGAGUCCUUGUGAGGCCUGGUCCACAACUCUCUCCAGGCUCUUUGGUUGCAUCGAUAGGAGUAUUUUGGAAGGUGAUAACGUACUGGACAAGAUUCCUCAAGACAAACUCUGUAGACUGACUAACAGCAUCGUCAAGGUUCUAGAGGCUUCCAUGAACUCUUCCGAGAGCAGUUCUGAUCCACCGUUAGCAACUGCGAAACCUUGGGUACUGCUCUACAAAAUCACUGAACACCAAGAGAAGUACAAUGAGACAGCGGACAGUUCGUCAAAGACAUGCGCACCUCCGACUGUUCCUCCGCCUGAAGACUCCCCAAUGCCCGAGACACUAAACACAGACAGCAAUAUGAGUAGCGGUGAUGUGACUGGUGAGGUGCCUGCAAGUAACCUAUCACCAUCGCUACAGUUUUUGCGCGUAGCACAUGAACAUCUCGGCAGACGUGGCUGGUGUUGUAACAACGAGGGAAUUUUUUUGUUGCUUAAAGUGGAGGUUCUAACAAAGGAACUUGCUAAAGCGACAGUUCCCGGCAGAGAGGAGCUGGUUCGUGAUCUAGAGCAGUGUUUCCUGUGUCUUUAUGGGCACCCUUCUAAAAAAGCAAAGGCUCGCGGCUUACAGGAACACAAUUCUCCUCAGAUCGCCUUGACUUGGAGCAAUUCAGUGGGAGUAUUUGAUUACUUCAAGCCCCCACAGUCACCCACGUUCGACAGUAAAUCCAACACUAUCUCAACAGAGGUACAGAAUCUCCUCCGUAGAAUAACGGUAGUAAUUCCACAGCAGGAACUAGAAGCUAUCAGUUUUGAAAGCGUCCAGUCGUUUAUCGAGGGCGGAGAUGAGCCGAUCCCUAAGUUGCCUGACCGUCUUGUAGGCGUUAAAAGACCUGUAAUAGAUGAAAUUUUUUAUCUCCUCGCUGAUUUCUACUUUAAGAACAAAGAAUUCAGCAAAGCCCUCAAGUUCUACAUGCACGAUGUGUGUGUCCAACCUGACAGAGCUGACACGUGGGCCGCUAUGGCUCUCGCUCGUAAAAGGAGACUGGAAAACAAGUUAAACGCGUGCGAACCAAAAAGUGAAGGACCGAUACAAAAGCUCGCUGUCUCAGCUCUCAGGUGUUUUAAGAGAGCGUUAGAGAUUGACGGAUCAAACAGCAGCCUGUGGGAAGAGUAUGGAACACUUUGUUACAUGUUGUAUUCUCAUGCUUCCAGGCAGUUAAACCAGUUUGAUAAAGACGAAAUGACCCCCGACAACCGUGCGUCGUUGAUAAAGCGACGUGACGAAACGUUGUUAUUAUCUGAAACAUGCUUCACGUCUGCCCUCGGCAUUGAGGACGGCGAACCCUGGCUUCAUCACUACAUCUUAGGAAAGAUCACAGAAAAACUCAACAGACCUGCAAGUGUUUAUCUGGAACACUAUCAAAAGAGUGCGAAAUAUCUAGAUGAUGACAUCGCUAAUUAUCCGAAGAAAAUUCACUAUUAUUCCCCACCAGAGCACCUCUUGGAAGCUUUGGAGAUUUAUUUCCGCAUCCAUGUGUCAGUUCUUAAACUUCUCUGUGACAAGUUCCCGGAUGUGGACGUUAGUGUCCUUGAAGAUCAUCUUGAGCGAGCUUCUAGGGGACCCUUCUAUCACGCGGAGUUUGACACUGAUAUCGGACCGGGGAACGUUUACAGGACCGAGUCCACUACAGCAGAAUCUUUGUCAAGCAGCGUUUUUGAGGACACAAAGCGAAGCGAGCCAAAGUCCUCUGAGGAAAGUGGUGGAACCAAUUCUGUAGUUUCUCCUGAGCCCCAACCAAGUGAAGACCUCAAUUCGCCCCAAACAGAGGGUAACAUUGCAGAAGAACAUAAAAUCGUCGCCAGGGGGGUUUCCGCCCCGGAACCCUCUACAGACUUAACAAUCAAAGGUGUGCCAGGUUCGCAAAGGGAGCCCGCGCCGAUGGAAGUUGACUUGAGUGCUGUACCGAGCAGUUUUACAACUGCAGAGGAGACUGGGGAUAGUUCCCAGACCCCUUCGGUAGUUAGUUCUAAUGAGCAGCGCGAGGGUUUGGAAACCAAGCGUUCUGAUCAAUGUGCCCAAGGUAAGGAAGAAAUGGAAAGUUCCGAAAAUACUGAGCUGUCUUCUAAAGGCUUAGAUGCAAUUAGUGAUGGAAAAACUUGUAAAUUAUUUAAUGCUUUGGAAGGUUUAGGGGAAAUGGGUAUGGAAGUUGAGUAUUCUGGGGAGCAGGAAACGGUCACGUGCUCGGAAAACAAACCCAAGGAUGAAGAAGAAAAUGUGAAGAGUCCCGAGAAGCUGGUGGAAAUCUCUGAUGACCAGAAUAAACAAGAAGCAGAUAAGUUCAUUGUGAAUUUCGAAGAUAAGGAAAUCACAACAGGUAAAGAGAGUAUUUCGAAUGAAACUACUGAGGUCGACACUAAACCAGAAAAGAUGGAGACAGACGAUAUUCCCACUCAUGGUGCAGAAAAUGUUAAAAUGACGGAAAAUACUAGUGCACUUUUAUCAGCAUCACCUGGUGACCCUGUGACACCCACGCCUCCUGAUGCUGAUAUGACACCGACUACUGACUCUGCUGCAGUUUCUGCUUCUAACGUGACACCGAUGGAGAACACAAAAGCGCCAUUGACAGAGGAACAGCAGGCAAAGAAGAGAGAACUAAUGGAUCUCUGUAUUCUUGCUCUUGAAUAUUGUCUUCGGCGGUUUCCUCAGCAUCACAAGUCGCGCUAUCGCCUGGCGUAUGUUUACUACUAUUCUUCUGAGCAUAAGGACACCAGAGCAUGCCGUGAUUUACUGUUAGGCAGCAAUACAAGACAGGACAAGACGUUUCCCUUCCCGCAUCAAGGACUUUUCAACGGGAAAAGCAAGACAAACCUGUUCUCGGCCUUUUGGAGAAUUCCAGAAGAAGAUAUAGACAGGCCGGGAUCUUUUUGCACACACACCUACAAGUCAGUAGCUUUGUUGCUGGAAGUUCUCCGUGAGUUAAACGAGUGGGACACGUUAUUACUUAUUCAGGCUCUUCUCUAUCGAACACCGGAGGCGGGCAAGAAAUACUUGAGGGACAACGAGAGGAACUACUUGGCCAGGAAGGCGUUUGAAUAUUCUUUGGAUAUAAUGAAAGCGAGAGUUUCCAAGCAGGACCCUAAGGUGGAGGUCUCCUUUCUUUCUCAACUGGUUAUGGAUGCACACGAGUGCUGGAAAACUGGACAAAGAUACGAGGCCUAUGUCAAGGCGACAGAGGGUUUAUUAACACAGGCCUUUGAGAUGUUCACGGCUUCCCAAUCGGUUUCAGGAGAGUCGCUUAAACUUGGCCAGGACACACUCUCAGAUUCCCCAACGUCUCUUUUGGAUCAGGCUUUGAAGUACUGUCAACAGCACGUCAAACCUCAGACUUCCUCCAACAAUACGUCAGUUUCACAACAAACGAAAGGAUCGUCGGGAACUGACACCGGUAACGAUCAAACUUCGGGCUCCGACACCGAUGUUGUGCCGACUGCUUUAGAACAAACCCUGUCACCUCCGAUACCACAAAACAAAGAAAGUAAUACUUCAUUAACUUCACCAGUCGGAGAUCCUACUCAAGUUUCCAAAACUGUCCUGUCAGAUUUUCCUGCAGGUUUUGCUCACGAGGGAAAAAUGACAGAUGAUACACAGACUCGUUCCGAGGACGUUCCGAUGAUAGUCGACGUGAGACCAUCAUCUGAGGCUCCGAUCACGGAGGUCGCGCAAAAAGACUCUGAUAGCGUAGCUCUUGAGACUAAAAAUGAAAAAAAUGGAGCGCGAAAUGAAAAAGAUUCAAACUCAGCUAGUGCGGACAGUAUUACAUCAAAGGAUACUAGCACUAGUGUAUCAGACGCCCCCCGGACUACUGAUUUUCCUGGGCAAGCUGACACUCCAGCAGCACCUAUUAAUCUGGGGGGUGCUGUUAUCACCGAGGGUAGUGAUGUUUCAUCAAGCACCUAGCGAUCGCGCACAUGUAUCGAUUGUAUGAAAGUGUACACUGUCUGGUGCAACAAGAUGCCAUCUUGUUAUGAUAAAGUACGUCCACAUUGCUAGUAAUGAAAAAUGAUAGUCUGAAAAAAUCUUUUGAAAACAGCGCCAUUGCCAAAGGAAGUACGUGGCUAAAACCCAGUGCACAUCCUGCGAAGCUCCUGGUCAGUAAAACACACAGAACCUACUUCGGUAGAAAGUCUACUUUUCUCGUUCAGAUUCUAAACUCAAAACAACAUACAACUUCAAAUUAUCAUAUUGGCUUAUUAGAUGCAAACAAAGCAACCCGUGGUUGUUCCAUCUAGAAGACCUCGUGAUUAAGUUCUGAAUUGUUUUUCUCCUUUGCCUUAAUUCAAAGUUUGGGAGGAAGAGGAAUAACAGUAAGCAAAUAUCCUUGGGGCGGGGGCUUGG